UUUUGUAAAAAAAAAGUAAGUAAAAAAAUAUGAACUCUUUUUAUGCCGAAAAUGAUAACUUAAAACAAACAAUGACUGACGAUUGUGAUUUUGAAAAAAAAAAAAAAAAAAAAACAGAAUCAACAUGUAUUUGUUUUCAUUUCAAUUUUUCAUUUCAUCAAUUUGAAAAUACUAAAUUUUUGCUGUACACGUGUUUCCACCCUCUAACGUUAUUCUUCACACAACCGUUUUCUUCACUAUUGAUAAUAGGUACAUAUGUUGAGUUGGUUGUAGGUUGAAAAAAACUUGGAACUUGUCAGUGAUCAUGGAGGCGAGUGUAUCUGCUGAAGCAUUUCAGCCUCUCGAUGAAAUUUUAGAAGACGAAGGCAAAAGCAAAACCUUGCCGAAAGAAUCGUUAGCUUUCAGAAAUCAGUACAGACUAGAGGAGUCAUCAGUCGCCGAAAACUCGACCUCUGCAGUUUCUGGGAAAAUUAUAAAGCCAGAUCCUCUCAAGAAACGCAUUCCAUUGCUCAAUUCGUGUACUACUGCUGUAUCGCAGGUGCCUGAUGAAGAACUUCCGUUUGCUUUACAAAUGGAACUGUAUUUCAAGCGUGUUGAGGCUCAUUCUAAAAAGAAAAAGGAAAACCGAAAAUUAACUCAAGCUACAAUUAGAGAGCAGAGAACAAAAUAUGAAGAUAACCUUCGUGUGUUAAAAACGAAAGGAUAUUUUCCACCAGAUUGCGAGUUGGUAAAAGCGUUGGAAAGCACUGUCAAAGAUAUGGCAGAAAUUGAGAAGGAACUGGAAAUUUCGAUCAAUAGACUUGAAUGAUUUUAAUGCAUUUUGGACAGUCUACUUUCAUUUUUAAACUGAUGUUUAAACAAUAUUAUUUAUAGCAGUUUUUACCUAAUUCGAAUUUUAUCACUUUUUUGUAAUUUCCAACGAUUUAAAUGUUUACAGUGUUUUUAUGCGAUUUUAAACACGUUUUAAUAAAGUUUCAAGCCGA